CCUUUUGGAUCUUUUUGUCUUCAUCUCUUUCUUUCUUUCUUUUUUUCUCUGUGUUUCUUUCCUUUCUCCCUUGUCUUCUCUUUCUUUUUUUUUCACUGAGUCUACUCACUAAUUCUUGAAGAGAAAGAGAAAUGUUGAUUUAAGCUGCAGUUGGAUUAACUCUCGUCUUGAAUUUUAUUCUGUUUGUUAUUGUCUGUAAAUGGAUAAUUAUUCAUUCAUUUCUUACUGAAUUGGUGAUGUGAUCUAAUUUAUCUCCAAUUAUUGUUCAACAAUCGGUGUAAUUUCACCUGGUGAUUAGUUUUAAUUGACCAUCAAGUUCUCUUUUUCUUCUAACCGUAAAAACCAUUUUCAUCUCUACUACGGUUUCCUUUUUAUUCUCUUUUUGUUCUCUCUCUCUAUCUCUCUCUCUUUUUAUCUCUUUUUAUCUCUCUUUCUACUCUUCCCUUACUCUCUUCUUCUCUUGUGACGUCCUUUUUUCUCCUUCUAUUUUAUUUUCUUCUCUCUCAUUUGUAACUCUUGAUCAUCUUCUUCUAUUUUCUUUGUUAUUUUCUUGACUCUCUCUCUCUCUCACUGUUCCGGCAUCAUAAUCACUGUGCAUCUCAAUCUUGUGUCCACUGUGACUACCACGGACCGGGAAUCUUCGGUUAAGCCUGAGAUGCCCGUUAGAUGUGAUUUAGGUGGUUCUCAUUCUAAUUCAGGUAGUACCAUUAAUUUGGAUCGUGAAGAUUCACCUCCAAUAAGAGUUGGUGUUGUUCUUGGUCUUGGUGGUCUUGUCGGUGGUGUUGGUGGAAAUAAUCGAUCUGGUGAACCUUCUUCAUUGGGUCAUGGUAAUUAUUCUGGUACAAACGGUCAAUCAAUGGUAGAAUCAACUGCUUGUUGUUCUGAAGAGAAAAGACGCCGUUCCAGUAGCGAUGGAAUUUUAGUUACCGAAAACUGUGAUGAUGAAAAGGAUAAUAAAUUCAUGUCUCUUGACUCAAUUGAAGAUUCAUCGGAUACCAUUAAUUCAAAUCAAGAAAAUGGUGGAAAUGUUACUUCUAACAAAUCAUCUUCAUCUUUAUCUAAAAAAUUUCAUCUCAUUGGUCCACCAUUAUUAGCCCAUUCUCAGAUGUCGGGUAUUAAUCAAUCACUUCUUUACAAUGGAUCAAAAUUUGCAGGCCAUCAAAAAUCAAAAGGAAACUCAUAUGAUGUUGAAGUUAUAUUACAACAUGUGGAUAAAGCAAAUUCCUACCUUUGUGGUUACCUUAAGAUAAUGGGUUUAACAGAAGAGUUUCCAACCAUGACAACUUUCUUCCAUGGAGAAAUAAUUUCUAGACGAUAUCCUUUCCUUACCCGUAAAUGGGAAGCCGAUGAAGAAGUUGACAAGAAACAUUGGUCCAAAUUUCAACCUUUUACUGAAAAUUUUGCUAAAAAUUUCAACUCUGAUCACUUUGAUUAUGAUCAAUUGGAAAAUCUUGAUUGUAUGUUCAUGAGAUGGAAGGAGCAUUUUCUCGUACCCGAUCACACAAUCAAAGAAAUUAAUGGUGCCAGUUUUGCCGGAUUCUAUUAUAUUUGCUUCAAUAAGAAAACUCAGUUGAUUGAAGGAUAUUACUACCAUCGGUCAUCUGAGAUGUACCAAUCGCUUAUUCUUAAACAUGUCAAUGAACAAUCUACUCAAGUUUUCGAGUUUCGUUAAUUUCUAAUCUACUGCUGAUUCUAUGAUUCUUUAAUCCAGGAAGUUUUAGAAUCUUUGUUCAAUAAUAAUUCUGGUUUCGAUUCAACUUUAUCGCUCUCUCCCUUUCUCUAACAUUUCGCAACCAAAAAAGAAAAUCGCAAAGAAAAAUAUUUAUAUAUUCUAAAAGCUUCUCAACAUACAUUUCUUUUUGAAAUGUUACCUUUAAACGAUAUAAACAACCAGCAACAGAAUUUCUAUCGAAUAGAAAUUCUUAAUCCUAAUCCGUGCAAAUUAACACCACAACCUCUUUCGUUUUCAUUUUAUAUAUAUAACACAAUAUUUUAAUUCUCAUAACUUUUUUUCUCUCACUCUCCCUCUAUAACCCUUUUUCUCUGUGUGUUAAUUGUUAACGAUGAUUCAGUCUUAUGUUUUUCUACAUCCACCUAAUCACCAUCAUCGUUACCUUUUACCCUUCUCGUUCCUAAUCCCGUUUUUCAUGUUUUAUAGCUUUUCGCCUCAUUACCGUAAUUUACUUCACUUUGUGACUUCUUUCCUCUUCUUCUUUUCCUAUCUCGUUAAUUCCAAGCAUUACUUUUAAAUUCACCUUUUAACCAUUGGUGUAAUUAAGUGAGAAUUGCUUUGUAUGUGAUUUGACAGUUUUUCUCUCUAAAUUUCUCUUUCCUGGCUACCUUUUACUCUCUCCCACUGUCUCUCCUCUUUCUCUCUCUCUCUCUCCACAUCAGAAAUCAAGUCUCAAUGGUAAAAGUCAAUUAACUGUCAAACCAAACGUCAGGAACGCAGAUACAAAUGUAAACACCAAAGGCACAAAUUACAUUGUAACCAAAAUCCAUCAUCAUCUUUCAUUGAUAAUUUGAAAUUAUUAGCAUCGGAUUUACACAAUAAUCUAUUGGAUUUACCCUUUUAAACAUAUGAAAUUUUGGAAACGAGAUGCUUGAAGGAGAUGACAAAAACUUAGACAAAUUGAACAAUUUUAAAAUUAACCUCAUUCAAGAUUAAUUAUCCAACUCAAUUAAUCCAUAAUCUAGUUUAAUCAAUCAAAUUGAAAUACUCCAACUUUGAACAUAUAACAAAAAAAAACUAAAUCUUUGACAAGAAGGAAACAAUCAAGAGAGACCAGAGGAUUUAAGCAAACAGUUUACCUGAUGUAAUGAUUAUGAGUUAACUUAAUUGAUAAUCAAAUUGACAAAUUUUAACCAUUGUUAUUUCGUUUGCUACUGAUGAUAAUUAUGAUAUAAUCUUAAUCAACACGAUACAAACACCUAAAUUUAUAUACAAUGGAAUCAAGUAACCAGCAAAACUUUGGCCGUUCAAAAAUCACUUUGACUAAUUACAAUCAAAAAGAAACAUGAAAUUCUAUGUAAAUUUAAACAAGGAUACCUCACAAAUUGCAAUGGAUCGAUGAUGUUGGAAAAGUAAUCAUCACGUAAUCAUCAUCAAAAAUCAAACCCUUUCAAACUUUGGCAAAACAUAAACCAUAACAUUAGGUUAACAUUAAUCUAAAAUGGAUUAACCCUUUUAAAGUUACAUUAUGUCAAAUCCUCUCAAUGUGAGCUGUAUUAUAUGUCUAGUUGACUUAAUUAGUUAACUCGAAUCAUUAUAUCAUCAUUAAUUAACCCAUUAAUUUUCAUCCAAGGUUAAAUUGUAGAUAUAAAAUUUCACCUUUCACUUUCA